UGCACUGCAUCACUUCAGCACGGAACACUGCAAAACAAAAUGGCCUCCUCGCCCCUUAUUUCCAUCGCGUCUUCUUCCUUCGACUCGAGAAUUGUUCUCUGCCGCUCACCGAAUUCCGGAAGCGAUUCGCUCAAACCUGGCCGCAAUGGAAGCCGAGAGGGAGGGCGCGGAGCUCACCGCGCCGCCGCCGCCGGCAGCAUCGGCGGCCGCGGUCUCAGUAGUGUUCGACGACGACGACCUCCUCCGCGAGAUCCUGCUCCGCCUCGGCUUCGCCACCACCCUCGUCCGCGUCGCCCUCGUCUCCAGGCGCUGGCUCCGGCACGCCUCCCACCCCGCUUUCCUCCGCCGCUUCCGCCGCCUCCACCCGCCCGCGCUCCUCGGCUUCUACCUCAGGGAACUGGGCGCGUGGGCCCCGCGGUUCGUGCCCGUCUCGCGGGCCCCGGAGCUCGCCACCGCGAUCCGCCGCGCGGGCGCCGCCGAGGGCCACUUCUUCAUCAGCGACUGCCAGAACGGGCGCCUCCUCGUCACGGACUUCGACCCCACGGCCUGCCGACACGCGGUGCUCAGCCCGCUGCGCCCUGCGCGUGGGAAGGCCGUCCUCCCGCCGGCGCCGAAGUGGAGUCUGAUAUGGUUCUUCCUCCCCGAGAAAGCCGCCGGCUGCGACGACGACGGCGCCGUCGCGGUCUUGAUGCUGCCGCUUGGCACGAAAGCAAAACCCCAAGUGGAUCUGCUCACUUCAGGAUCUGGCGCCUGGGUCGUCCGUCGCACUGCGGUGAUAGAUCUCCCGGAGCCAUUGCCUCCAAUUGCGUACACACUUCCACCGGUUGAAGGCAAGGUCUACAGCUUGACCAAGUGUGGGCACAUUCUCCGGCUGGAUAUGGCCGCCGCGGAGAGUUGUCUUCUCCAGCUGCCGGACAGAGUAAGCACAGACAACUUCACGCUCUCAUGUGGCGAGGAGGGUUCUGUGCUGUUCCUCAUCCACGCUGAAGGGUAUCUGCUCAGCAUCUGGCAGCUUCCGAUGACCAGCAGCGAUGCCGAUGACUGGGCGGUGGUGUACGACAAAGUUCCUGUGCGUGAGGCGUGCAGUCGUCGUGAGGAUGUUAUGGUGCUGGCAGUUGAUGACAAUCUCGAGUUUGUGUUCCUGUGGCUGAGGUCAAGUGCGGUUCUCAUGCAUAUGCAUCUGGAGAGCAGGAGCGAGAAAGUGUACGAUGAAUUGAAGGUACGUGAUGGGCGCUUCUUAGAUAUCAACCCCUUCAUGAUGGUUUGGCCUCCGGUCUUCCCAGCAUUGAGGGAUGACGACAAUCUUGAUGGAUGAUCUCUUACCUUGGUAUGAGAGUGUAUGACCACUGAGCACUUUUUGUAUGUAUUUCCCUCCCUGUCUUUGACUUGAAAAUAUCUGAGUAAGCUUGUGAUAUAUCUGUUGAGAUUCAGAAUCUUGUAACCUGACUCUGACUUUUGUAGAGUGCUCGGAUCUCUUAUUGUUUGCCUUAGUAAGACUAAAGCUUAAUAAUUCCUUUACUGGCAUAACUUUUGUAAUGUUGAACUUCUGUUCUGCACUGAGGUGGGUAAUAGAUGCAGAGGAAAUUGAAAAGAUCUGAGUGGGUAAUCACAGGGUCAUGUCUCUCUACUUGGUGUAAAAUGCCUGUGAUUAACCUGUUGAAUUAGAAUA